AGCUCUCCCCUUCUCUUUAUGCCCUCAGAACAUGUCUAACUGGGCAAGUCUGUGGUAUGUCUGGUUAAUCUUGCUGACUAUGUUCAUGCUCCUGCUCUGUGGGAUCACAGCCAGCUGCAUCAAGUUCUGCUGCCGGAAGAAGAGGCCUCCAGUUCAGCCCUUCCCUAGGCACCCCUACGAUCUGACUGGUGUUGCUAUUGACAGCGACAGCACAGCCCACAGCACGGUGACCUCAUACAGCUCAUUCCAGUACCCUCUGAGUGCCCCUAUUCCUUCACUAUUUGUGGGCAUGGACAGGAGCACUGUGUCCCCUCCAGCUUACAGUCCCUACACAACGGAGUUGCCACCUUCUUAUGACGAAGCUGUCCAAAUGGGUAAACAAUACAUCGAAGUAGCACUGGUCAGCCAGAAGCUCAGUGACAUCCCUGAACAGGUGAUACCAGGCGGGCUGAAUCGCACCCAGCAUUCACCUGAUAGAACCAACAGAGAUCCAGCAACACAGCCCAACUCAGAAAAUUCAGAAGAUGUACCACAAGAACAGCCUCAGCUCUAGCUCAUUUCACAUUUGGAGUAAAGGAAUGGAAGGCGUGAAGAAUUUGGUUUUAUAAGACAAGUUUUGAUGAAGAGAUGUUUCCUCCCAUGCAGUUGUAAUGAUCUGUCAGAAGAAAUGUUUUCUGCUGUAAUUUCCUGGUUAAGCUUCUUCAGGGAUAUGAAGUGAAGUAGAAGGGCAGCAGUUUAAAAAUACCUGUAAAAGUGGGACAGGGAUACUUGUUCAUCUUCUGAUUAAGAAAAACGAUUCCCUGUGCCCCGCAUAUGGCAACAAAAAAGGUCAGGGCAAUUUUGCCAUCUUGGAAACAAAGAGUCAGGUGGUACAAGAGCAAGUUGUUCCACAACAGAACCUUCCCAAACUGGAGUUGAAAAGCAGAAUCCUAUGAACUCGCUCUGAAGAGUCCGUGAUGCUCAGAUGCUCUGUAGUUUCAUUUAUUUUGGGAACUUUAACUGUCCAGCAAACUGCUGAGGUGCUAAACUUGUUGCUACACAAUGGCAUGUGUUCCUACACUGAAGGAAGAUGGCAGGAACAUAUUUGAGGGAAAUGUACUAUCUUGUGUUUCCCAACUAGAAUUGUUAGUUAUGAGACUUGAAGGUGUUUAUUUUUUUUUUAAUCUUUAAACUUCUAUUUUUAAGAUGCAGUGGCUUGUGUGGGGGAUCCUUUUGCUACAUAUUUUGCCAGUUAAAGUACAAAUUAGUUUCGGAGGUAUUUCUGCACGUGGUUAAGUAUUAGUAAUGUUUCAAAUAUUCAAUUUCUUUGCUGAUUGAGCCUGGUGGAUUUGAAAAACACCACAAAUUGGAAAAUAUCAAUUGUUUCAGAUAGCCAAAUAUAUUUUUUCUGUAUUUCAGAAGAAUAUGAUACUACCAUCAUCAGAAUUUAUCUUACAAAAUCUCACCUGGAGGGAUAAUUAAUGUGAACUUGACAAACACUUAAACCUCAGGGGAAAAAAAGGCUGAAAUGAAUAGCAAGAUAACCCAUAUGGCAUCAGUUUAAAGGUUUAUGAAAAACUGUUGGCUACUCAGUUGAAUUAUAUCACCUGCCAGUGUCAGCAGCAAGUUCAUAAUGAUUUUCUGCAGUGUGAAUUUCUCCCAAAUAAAACACUUCUUUCUGUAU